AUGGAGACCGAAAAGCAGGAGCCGCCGCCUCUGCCGGGCGGUCACGACCUUGGCGACCAGCUGUACUGGACGGGCCCGAACCAUUCGUUUGAGAAUGGCGAUACGCUCACGCACGGCCAGCAGGGCGAGGUCGUCGGCCCCGCGACCGAGGGCACACACCAUGGCAACGGCCUGCAGGUCCUGUUUCCAGGGAACAAAGGCUCCAUAAACUGCUAUCUGCCAAACCUCAGCCGCGAGAAGCCGCCGCCUCUGCUGGGCGGUCACGAGCUUGGCGACCAGCUGUACUACGCGGGCUCGAACCAGUCGUUCAAGUCUGGAAACAAGCUCGUGCACGGCCAGAAGGGCGAGAUCAUCGGCCCUGCGACCGGCGCGCACCAAGGCAACGGCCUGAAGAUGCUCUUCCCAGGGAACAAAGACUGGGUAGACUGCUCUCUGCCCCAGCUCAGCCUCGAGAAGCCGCCGCCUCUGCCGGGCGGUCACGAGCUUGGCGACCAGCUGUACUACACGGGCUCGAACCAGUCGUUUGAGAGUGGCGAUAAGGUCAUGCACGGCCAGCAGGGCGAGGUCGUCGGCCCAGCGACCGGCGAGCACCAAGGCAAUGGCCUGCAGCUUCUCUUCCCAGGGAACAACGGCUGGAUAGAAUGCGGACUCGCCUCGCUGUCCCACGAGCUGAGCCUGCCCGGUGGCUUCAGAGUGGGAGAGGAGCUCUACUUUAUUGGCGGAGGGUUCGUCGACGAGCAGGGGGACAAGGCCGUGUUUGGCUGCCGAGGAUCGGUCACCGGCCCCGCCCGCAACGGCGACGCCGACGCGGUUUCCAUGUCUUUCUCCGGCAACCGAGGGGACAUCCACUGCCGGGCCGAAGAGCUCAGCCGCGAGCCGGCGCCCUCGCUUCCUGGCGGCUUCAUUCUCGGCGAGCAUCUCUACUUCACCGGAGAGGACCAGAUCGUCGGGCGCGGCAUCCUCGUGCGCGGCUCGCGUGGUGAGGUGGUGGGCCUGGGUUUGGAGCCGGACAGCCUCGCGAUGCGCUUUUCAAACAAGGCCUUGCUUUCCGGUAACCAGCCGGUCAACAUCGCCUCCCUGAGCCGCGACGAUCCGUGCGCCGUGUCGUCCGUGCCCGAGAAUGUAUUGCGAGCGCGCCGAGCGCUCGCCGCGCGCAGGGAGGAGCAGGAGCGGGCUGUGGCAGCAGCCGCGUCGCAGACGGCAGAGGACAUUGCAGCAGAGGCGGAGCGGCGGCAGCAGCUGGCGGCGGAGCUCCUGGAGGAGGAAGCUGCGGCCAGGGUUCCGCCUCCACUUCAAGAGGCGGGGAGGAGGAGGAGGAGGAAGAAGAAGCAGAGCGGCUUUCGCGGGUCGAGGAGCAGUGCAACCGAAGGAGCAGAGGGAUCGGCCGCCUGCGGCGACUCCACCACCUCUAGGGCGGCGCCAGCGCGCGAGUCCGCUUCAGAGAGCGACGAGGAGGAGCGCGUGACGCCAGCCGAGGAGGCGCGACGGGCGGAGGAGUCGGAGCGGGCGGCGCAACGAGAGCGGCAGGCGAGGCUGCUCGAGGCAGCGCGGCGGGAGAGGGAGGAGCGUUUGGAGAGGGAGGCUAGGGCCGAGGCCGCUGCUGCGGCUGCGGUGGAGAGCGAGGCUCGCGGCAGGCGACAGCAGGCAGCGCGAGCGGCGGCGGAGGAGCGGAAGCGAGCAGCGCGGGCGGCGCUGGUGGACGAGAUGGAGGCGCGGGCGCGGCAGGAGGAGGCGGCGCGGGCCGCGGCACCGCUGAGGACGUCACAGGCUGAGCAGUCCAGCACGCGGUCGGCGAUCGAGCAGGCGCUCUCCCAGGCUAGGUCAGACGCGGCGGCGGCGAGGGUUUGCGAGGCGACGGCGGGGUCAGAGGCGGGACGGGCGAGGUCAGAGGCGGAACAGGCGAGGUCAGAGGCGGAACAGGCGAGGUUAGAGGCGGAACAGGCGAGGUUGCAGGCGGAGGCGGCGAGGGCGAGGGAGGAGGAGGCGAGGGGGCGAGAGGGGGAAGCAAGGGGGCGGGAGGAGGCAGCGAGGGCGGAGGCGGAGGCGGCGACGGCACGCGAGGAGGCGCUCACCAUGCGACUCGCGGCGCUCGAGCUAGAACCCCCACCGGCCGCCCCGCCACCGGCAACCGCAAACAACGCUGUGGGAGGAGGCGUCGGAGGCACCUUCCACGGCGCCACGCUGCCGCAGAAGGUCUCGCGGAUCUGUACGCAUUUGGGGCUGGACGCGCGCUCCUCGCUCUCUGCGGCGGUGGCGGCGGCGAACGAGAGCACAGGGGUCGCCGCUGAGGGAGGGCUUUUGCAGCAGGUGGACCGGCUGAUCGCGCUGCUAUUUGGGGGGCCGCAGGGGGGCGCUCCGGAGGGGAGCAAAGAGGAGGUAAGGUAA